UUCUCUUUAACCAAAACUUGAAUCCUUCCUCUGUUUCUGUUUCUUCAUCCGUAUCUCUCUCAAGAUCAUCCAUGGGGAAUUACAUUUCUUGCGCCUUAUCAACGCCGUUGAUCAAGAAUUCCAAGGCGGUGAGGGUCGUGCUUCCAGGCGGCGAGGUCCGGCAGUUCCGGGAGCCAGUGAAGGCGGCGGAGCUCAUGCUCGAAUGUCCCAGUCACUUUCUCGCCAACGCUCAAUCUCUCCACAUCGGUCGCAGAUUCUCCGCCCUCGCCGCCGACGAGGAGUUGGAGUUUGGAAACGUCUACCUGAUGUUUCCGAUGAAGAGAGUUAACUCUGUUGUCACAGCGGCGGAUUUAGCCACUUUCUUCAUGGCAGCCAACUCCGCAGCUAGGCGGAUUUCGAGCGGUAAGGUUAGGGUUUUACAGGAGAAUUGGAAUCAGCAAGAAUCGGUUGAAGAAUCGGAAGCGAGACCGAGAAUUAGCGAUGGGAAUGAGGGACCGAGGUUGAGUUUGGAAGGAAUCGAGGGAUUUCCGAUGCAUCGAUUGUCGGUUUGCCGGUCGAGGAAGCCAUUGUUGGAGACCAUUAAAGAAGAACAUAUCAGGUCAAGAUAGGAAAAUUUUCAAUACAUUGAAUGGAAAUUGAACUUCAAUUUUUUUGAUCUGAAUCUGAUAUGAUCUCGACUUUUGAAGAAGAAGAUGAAUUCUUCGGCGGAGGGUUGAAAAUUCCAUUGUGUGUGGAACAAGCUGAAGUUAUUUAAUGGCAAAACGAAGUCGUAUUGGGCUCAUCCCUCCCUUUUCCAACUCUAUUCCCAUUCUUAUUCAUUAUUGGCCUCAAAAUUGCCAAUUUACUCCGAUUGUUAAAAAAAAAAAUGCCGAUCGGUUUAUAUAAUAAUAACCAAAUACGGUGUGAGGGAAAUUCUUGGAGAUUAUUUUUCUUGUUUAUAUAUAUUUUUAAUUUUGAGUUAUAUAUUUUAAAAAUUAACUAUAGCUAGGGAAAUAAAAAUGAAACUAGUUACAUUGGUAAAUUGUAACCGACUAUUAAUAUCAAGUCGACGAGUAAGUUAACUAAUGUGUUUUUAUGAAAAAAAAAA